UUCACUCUUUAGUCCCCACUCCCCCCUCCCCACUGAGGCAUUGAGCGAUCCGGAUUCAGUGUCCGUCACUGCAUCUCUGCUUUUUCAAUUCUUUCCUUCUUUCUUUCUCGCCCCCUUUGUCUUUUUCCUUUCUCCUUUUUCAUCCUUGUCUCUUUUAUCUUUUCACACAGUCACUUUUGCACUCGCGAGGAGCACACUGGGUUUUGCUCCAUACCCAGAAACCAUCUGAGGAAAAAGCAUCUCUCGCCUCUUACCGCCCACAUUUUGCAAAAACCCAGAUAGGAUUUAGGUUUCUCACAAUGCUGGCAGCUUGAAUGUUUCAGCUUUUUGGUAUUGUGGGCUGCACUGGAAGAAAAGGAGUGAUGGGUCGGAGUUGCUUGGCGGUGACUCUCAUCGUUUUGGUUCUGUUUGGCGGCGUAUCGUCCGCUGCCCCUACUGCCCCAGCUAAGAUCGUUGGUGGGUUUUUCUCAAAUGCUGCGUCUGCUUUCAUGAAACGGGUGUGGUCACUCAAAACAACUACCAAAACAGCGGUUUCGGGCCGUCCAGUGAUGAAGUUUGAAAGUGGGUUUAAUGUGGAGACGGUGUUUGAUGGAAGCAAGCUUGGUAUUGAGCCUUACACUGUGGAGGUUUUGCCAAGUGGGGAGCUUCUGAUUUUGGAUUCUGCUAAUAGCAACCUCUAUAGGAUCUCUUCCUCUCUGUCUCUGUACAGCAGACCAAAGCUGGUUGCAGGUUCCUCUGAUGGACACCCGGGACAUGUAGAUGGGAGGACCAGAGAGGCAAGAAUGAACCACCCAAAGGGGCUUACAGUUGAUGACAGUGGAAACAUUUAUGUUGCAGACACAAUGAAUAUGGCAAUCAGGAAGAUAAGCAAUGCCGGGGUUACAACAAUAGCAGGAGGGAAAUCGGGCCGUGGGGGAAGCCAUGUGGAUGGACCAAGUGAAGAUGCAAAGUUUUCUGAUGACUUUGAUGUGGUUUACAUUGGAAGCAGCUGCUCCUUGCUCGUCAUAGACAGAGGAAAUCGAGCAAUCAGGGAGAUCCAACUGCAUUUCGAUGACUGUGCUUAUCAAUAUGGAAGUGGCUUCCCCCUUGGGAUUGCAAUGCUUGUUGGGGCUGGCUUCUUUGGUUACAUGUUAGCAUUGCUACAAUGUAGAGUUGGUACAAUUGUCUCUUCCCAAAAUGAUCACGAACCAAUGAAGACAAGCAUUCCUCCAAGUUCAUACCACAAGCCUCUGAAAUCAGUCAGGCCACCUUUGAUUCCUGAAGAUGAGCAGGAGAAGCAAGAAGAAGGCUUCUUAGGAUCUCUUGGGAAGCUUUUGGUCAAUGCCGGGGCAUCUGGUAUGGAAAUUCUGGGGGCAAUAUUUCCAGGUUUCAGGAAAAAGCAUCUGAACUAUCAAUACCAAAGUCAGCAGCAGGAGCAGCAACAGAAGCACCCAAAUUCCUGGCCUGUGCAAGAUAGCUAUGUGAUACCAGAUGAGGAUGAGCCACCUUCAUUUGAAACCCGAACGCCCACCCCUCGCAAAACGUACCCAUUCAUGGCCAAGGAUGCAGAAACAAUCCAUCAGUUGCGGCAAAGUCGAGUUUUCUAUAAUGGGUGGGAUAAUCUUCAGCAACAGCAGCAGCAGCAGCAGCAGCAAAAACAACCACAACAGCACUAUCAUCGGUACCAAUCAUCAACCCCAAAUACUUUCUACGAGCAGAGUAGUGAGAGUACCACUGAGGUUGUGUUUGGUGCAGUUCAGGAGCAGGAUGGGAAUGGUGAAGCUGUGGUCAUAAAGCCUAUUGAUUAUGGAGCUCUCAUGUUCAAUCACCACAGUUUCCGCUUCUGAAUCAAUCCGAACGGCUAUACCCACCCAUGGCUAUUAUUGAUCAUAUACAUAAGAGAGAAGCAUAGUUUUGACCUUGUUAUAUUCUUAAUAUAAAUCCUUCAAAUUUAGGUUAUAGGCAGUACCAUAUUCCUUGUAAGUUUUAUGUGGAAGGUUUUCAGUUUUUUUGCAAUGUGAGGUAUCUCACUCUGGUCAAAUAUUGAUGACCUGUUCAAGAAUAUUUGCCCUCUAAUAUAAUUCCUUUUCUUAUUCAA